GCCAAAAAUUAUGUUUUUUUUUGUUUGUUUUAGGAAAUCUGUAUAUAGUGAUGGAGUACUGCGAUGGCGGAGAUUUGCAUCAAAGGAUCAAUGCGAGGAAAAGUAGACUUUUCGAAGAAGAACAAGUACUAGACUGGUUUGUGAUGCUCUCCCUCGCUCUCAAACACUGCCACGACAGAAAGAUACUCCACAGAGAUAUAAAGUCCAGUAACAUCUUCCUAACAAAAGAAGGAACUGUGAAGCUAGGUGACUUCGGCAUAGCAAGGGUGCUCAACAACACCUCAGAAUUGGCUAAGACCCUAAUAGGGACGCCCUACUACCUCUCGCCUGAAAUUUGCGAGAACAAACCAUACAACAACAAAAGUGACGUGUGGGCCAUGGGAUGUGUGUUGUAUGAGCUCUGUACUCUAAAACAUGCGUUUGACGCUGGGAAUGUGAGAGGACUGGCAAUGAAGAUUGUAAGAGGAAGUUACCCGCCAAUUUCAGCCACGAAAUUCUCAGUUCACAUGAAGAAUCUGAUAGCCGCUAUGUUUAAAAAAUCUCCUCGUGACCGGCCAGCUGUGAACACAAUUCUGCGAAUGCCAUUCUUGUCCCAAAGAGUCGAAAAGAGGCUGGCACCUGAAAUAUACGACAAAGAAUUCGCUCAUACAAUACUUCACAAGGAGAAUAUACUAGCUGCUAAGCCUAUAGCAGCUGUAGCAGCGUCUGUUGCUGCUGCUCCGAAGCAAGAGGUAGUGGUUUCGAGGCCCUAUUUGGCCCAAAAGCAAGAAGGAUGGGUGAGACCUCCAUCGGCCUCGAAGAACCCAUCUCGACCAUCGUCCGCAGCCUCAAAUGCCCCUUCAGCUGCUAAAUACGACCCAGCAGCAAUAUAUGGAAAACCGCUGGUGAAAAGAAACGUCAAUAACCUGAGGAAACCAGGGGAGAUCUUGCGACCCAGUGCUCUUCGGAGGGCGGAAGAGGCCCAGAGGAAAUAUAGUAUGGAGGCUGAGAACAAGAAGAAACUGUCAGAUAAACAGAAAGAGAUGAAUGCUAAACAGAGGGAGUCGAAAAUGAAAGAAGCGAGAGAGAACAGCUGGAAAGAGCUGCUGUCUGUGCCUGUGGGAAAAGAAGAUGAAGAAGAAAAGCCCGUGGAUCGAGUGCGCGACUACUACAAGGAGUACUUAGCAGACAUGAGGAAGAGACAAGCGCCUCCAGCUGAUAAAAUUAAUGGAGAUUGGCCGGACGGUGGAGCAAUCAAACGGGUGAUUCACAAGCCAGGUGAUCCAGUUAGUGUCAAAAGAGACAUAGUCACCCCCUCAGAUCAGAAGAGGACAGAACAGCCAAUGGGCGGAGGAGGGGAUGCCAUCAAUCAGAACUUGAUUGCGAGAAUCAUCAAUGAGAACAACGAAGCUGCAGGCGCCAGAGUGUACAACCAUCAGAUAAGCGAGCAAGAAAGACUUCGCAGAGAGUAUCUUCAGAACAGACGAGAGUGCGAGGCGAACAAGGCUAGAGGGAGAGGAGAGAUGGGUAUUUUUGGCCAGGGAGUGAUCCGGAAACCAAAUACUCCGGCUGCCACGCCUCAUGGUCAAUGGGCAGUGCAGCAUCAGAUGCUCGAGCAGAAAAGACAGAAGGCAAUAGUAGAAAAGGAGCAAAGAGACGCACAGGUUGAAAAACAGAGGCAAGAAGAUAUAUACUACUUGGAGAAACUUCGCCAGGUGAGAAUGCAGAACUACCAGCAGAAGAGAAACGUCGGUGGGUUCCAGGGCGAAGCCAGACCAGGGGAUGCUCCGAAUGUUGCAAGAGUUCCAGAUCUAGCUGCCGAUAGGCAGAGGAAAAAAGAGGAGAUGGAAGCACAAGCAGAACAAAGGGCGGCCAAAUUGAGACAGCAACUGCAGCAGAAACGAGAGGAAGCAUAUGCCAAAGAGAAGAAACGACUGGACGAGCUAGCUAAAAUGGACCGUGACCAGCUAGAGGUGCAGAACCUACCCGACAACCCAAGCCCUAUGCGACCGUUACCCUCUCGGCCUUUGCCAGUCAGAGCGAGCAGUGCUAACACUCCGCGCAGUGGACAGAACAGACCAGUUGAGCCGAUCAUAUCCGGACCUGCGCCUUCUCUAACCGCUGCACUGAACGUCGUCUCAGCUCCUCAAACACCUACAACCGGGUCCAGAGCUGACCAGCCACAGCAAAGAGAGAAGGUUGAGAUUUUAAAACGUCUGAAUGAGAAGAUGAUGCCAGAAAAAGAUACGCCUAGCAAUGCUGGUAAAGAAAGUAACAAGUCAAAGUGGAGUGGUGCUCCAAAUGAUUUCACGUUUUCUGAUGUGGCGAUUAAACCAGAGUCUACAAUGCACCAAGGAACUAGAGAUAGCGCCGACAGAAAGGAGUCUCCUGCCGCAAUUAAAAAAUGGUCUACACCUGAUGGAGGCAAAGUGACAUACUCCAAAUUGCCAGUUCUAGAAGACCUGGAAGCAAUCGAAGACUGCCUAGACCUCCCGGAUACCUCCUCAAACAGUCUAGGUCCUAAAAGUCCCGACUCGAAGUCCGGGAAAGAAGCUAAGAGUGCGUGGAGCCCCAAUAACAAAAUGACUUUCUCUAAUCUUCCAGUUCUGGCAGCUACCAGUAUGAUGUCAAAUUCGAAUGACUCAACAUUGGAGUCUGAGCAAGACCCAAAUAAAGAGUCGAAAAACGAAGAAGCUGAAGAUGUUAAUGAGUCGAAAGAUUUUAAAGACGAUGGAGAAAACGGAAGUGGGGAUUCGAAUUUGUCAAGGAAAGAUUCGAGUCGAGCGAAAUGGAGGGCAAGGCAAAUGGGAACUUUCUCGAAGGUGCCGAUCACUCCGAUUGACGAGAAUAGUCGACAAACAGAUCAAGAUGGGGAUGAGAAACCUGAGGAGUUGAUGAGGAAAACGCAUGGGAAAGUGAGUGUGAAAACAGAAAAAAGUCAUUCCGACGAGAACAAUAUGUUUGCAAUUAUUGACAAGAACAAGACACACUCUGUAAAAAAGGAAGGAGCCAGUCAAAGUGGCUCAAACAGUUCGGAUAGCAUGGUGUUGGAAAGUGUGGACGCGUAUGCAGAACCUAACAACGAGGAAAAGCCGGCGGAUUUGAACGAAAUCCCAAUUGACAGAACACUUGGAAUGCCAGACCUGGGUAAAACUGCUGGAACCUCAUUUUUGGUCACAGGGAUGCUUCAAGGACUUUUUGACACUCGAAACCUAAAAUUGAUGAGAACGUGCUCCGAACCUGACGUGAGAUUAACAGGGGACAACGAACACGAAGAAUUCAAGACAGCUAUGGUGAACAGAUUCUCACUCGAGAGUUUUGAGUCCAAAACAAACCCCUCAAGUGUCGCCAGUUCAACAGAGUUUAUCAGUGGGGAAACAUCUCCACGUGAUGAAGUUGGAGGCAUGGAAGAUAAUAAAGGUCACGAUGUUCACGGCAAGGAGUUAUCGGUUAUAAUGGAAGAGAGUAAAAUAGAAACUACCCAAGUAACCUUCGUUGAAUCGAAUAAAACUGAAACUGAAGUCACAACCGAAAAAGAAUCACCAGUUGAAUGUGAAAAUAUCACCAAAGAUGAGAAACAUGGGUCUCCACAAGUUAAAAUAGUCGCAUUAACUGAUGCGAAAGUGGAUUCGAGUCCGGAAAAGGAAGAUGACAAUGAAGAGGAAGAUUAUUGCGAUGCUCUCGGAGAGAGCUCGGACGCUUCCGAAGAUGACGACCUGGUUUCUCUGCAGCACAGCAUGGCUGAAUGGCUGGACAUAUCAAACACAGAAAAGACAGACGAAACAACGACAGAAGAUAAAGAGAACGAAGACGAACCGAUGUCGAAGGAAACAACUCCGACGCAAACUAUGAACGGAGAGUCGCGUAAUGGUACUGAAAGUAAGAAUAGCACCAAGGAAAAGGAGAAAAGUGAACCAUCAAAUGGAAAGAAUGGGAAGAAUGAAGAGGAUGGUGAUGAGAAUAAGGACAAUGGAGACGAGGAGGAUAUCUCGGACGACUUCUCGGCUACUUCGGGAAUUGACGAAGAGUGGAUUUCAGAUGAAGGAUCAAUUGUGGACGAAUCAGAACCAGUGGAAGAUGGCAGUACUUCAAACCCUAAUGACGUCAGUGAGUCUCUCUUCGACGACCUGGAAGAAGAAAGAAUGGAACUCGAAGACCUAAUUGGACCCCCGAUGGCCAAGAUCUACCGCCAAAUUAGAGCAUGUUUUGAUGCCAGUUCAAAAGACGAAGAGAAAAUGAUAGAAAUGGCAGAUGUGUUGCUGAAAGAGGAAUGUAAUUCAGAGGGUUUUGAUUUUACUUCUAUUUGUGCCAGACUUGUAAAUUUGGUAGUUAAAGAUGCAAACCAUAUCAUGGGCAGUGAUUAGUCUGUAAAAAAAAUGUUUUUUUUUUUCAUAAGUGUGUAAAAGAUGUAAAUAUAAACAUACCGUAGUUUAUCUGACUUAUUUAUUGAAAACAUAAACUUUGUCUUAAGAAGAGCUAAUUAUGACGUGCUGUUGUCUUUCGUGCUCUUCAAUCACUCAACUGUAAAUAUUAUUAGUUUAUAAUCAAAUAAAGUUCGUACAAAUUAAUAAA